AACAUGUUUUUUUUCUUUUUUUUUGUGUAUUUUAAUGUCAUAUUUUUUCAAAUAUUUCAGUUCCCAACAAUCAUCGGAGGGAUCACGACAUAUUCUUAUUGAAACUGAACCCGACCCUGAUCAUUCAAACACAAGGCAUACCACCAAUGUUGUAUUUGUCUUGAAAAUGGAUGCGGUUUUAUAUGAAGAAUUUGAUUUAACGAUGUCCAAUGAUCGCAAUCUUACCACAAAAAAAUACAAAACUACUAGUGAUGCAGUAUUCACAAGAAAUAUAAAUAGAUUUAAAUCAAAAUUGUUCAUUUCACACUUUAGCUGCCAUAGACCUAUUGUUUCAGUUUUAGAAUUUGAUGAAAAUGCUGAUAAUGAUGAUGUAAGAGUUGUUGAAAUUAUGGAUGAGAAUUGAUAAAUUUUGUAUUUACUAUUUACUAAUAUUUACUCAUUUAAAUAAAACCACUUCCUUCGAAUAUAGUUUCUAUAUUAUUAUACUUCAUGUCCAUUCAAAAAGUGCCCACAUUUCUUUGAUAAACUUGAUUUUUUAUGUAUAAUUUCUCAUGUCGCGAGCGCACCUAAAAAUGCUCACCCAAAAAAGUCCCCACCGCGCCAUAAGUUCAAGUUUUCACUUCUGCCUGCACUCCCGGAGUGCAACGAGUUUUUUUUCUCUAUUUUUUUGCUGUUGAUA